UCAAAUUAAUACCUGUUUUCCCGGGGCAACUCACGACUCUUUCGUUUUGAGCAACUCGGGAUUGUCAGGUGUUAUGGAACAUCUCGAAGGCGGUGGGUGGUUACUUGGGGAUUCUGGCUACCCUCUCAAGGAAUGGCUCUUAACGCCAUUCUUAUCCCCAGCCAAUCAACACGAAGUGAAUUACAACGAUGCCCAUGGAAAGACUCGUGUUGUCAUAGAAAUAUCGUUUGGGGUAUUAAAAUCCAGAUUUAGGUGUUUACAUCGAACUGGAGGAGUACUCCCCUUUUCACCAAGUAGAUGUUCUCAAAUUAUUCAAUGCUGUAUCCGGCUUCAUAAUUUAGCUGUUUCAGAGAAAGUCCCCUUACUUGAGGGUGGGGUUGUACAGAACAUCAAUGACAAUGCCGUGUUUAACGCAAACGCACCAAGGAGAGCACAGGAUGUGCGCAUUCAAGUUGCAAAUUUAUUUUAACAAUUCAUCUAUUCAUU